ACUGUGAAAAAGAACGUCGGAAACGUCGUAUCCGUUUUGUAUGACUAAAAUCGUGCGUUAAAUUGUGCAAAAGUUCAGCGGAAGUACUUCCCACGUACUUGCCAACGUUUUGGCUUCGGUCAGAGUGUGUUUGCAGAGACUGUCGGUGUUUGGAAAGGCGGAUAUUGCAUCGCUUAUCCAUCGUCAGUGGAGUGUGGGGCAGCAGAAAGUAGCGGCAGAAGGAAGCAAACCGUGGUGUUUGUGAGUGUGUCUGUGCAUCGCAAUCAAAGCUAGCCAGUGACACACGCGCGACAAUUCGCGAAGAAAAACGUUUUGCUUAAGCGCAUCAAAUUACUGUGGUUUAUAUUAUUGUUCGUGUAUUUGCACCACCAGCUAACAACCAGCGAAACCAGUGUUGUGUACGCUCGAAGAAACUGUUGAGGCAAGCAAACUUUUGAAGAACAAACAGAAGUAAAAAAAAAAGAACCCUCCCGAUCGUUUAUACAUUUCGUCCCAGAAACCUACGGUGGAACGAAGCCAACAAAACCAUACGAACGCUCAUUGUAAUAUGAGUAAUGCUAUUAACCAAAAUGGUACAGGUCUAGAGCAGCAGUUUGCUGGUCUGGACUUGCAGCAGAAGCAGCAGCAACUUGGCGGCGGCGCGGGCAGUAACCCAGAAUCUGGAAAUUCUAAAUAUCCGGCCGCGCGGUACAUUCCGCCGCAGUUGCGAGAAUGUGCUGAUAGUGGUGGCGAUUAUCAACCUUCGGAGUCCGGUGCCGGCCCUGUAAGCGGCGGCGGCGGCAGUGGAGGUGGUGGCAGACGAGGAUUCGGUGACUCGAAUCGCAAUCGCGGAGGUGGCGGCGACUACGGCCGCUACAACGAUCGCGGCGACAACUUCCGCGGCGGAGAUUACAAUAGGCGCAGCGGGGGCGGCGGUGGCCGGUUCCAGAACGAUCGCCGGGGCGGAGAUUACGGCUAUGGCCGCGGCGGUGGCGACCGGGGCUACAACAAUGGGCGUGACGGGGGCUUUGGACGGGGCGGGGAUGGCUAUCAGAAUUCUGAGGGUUACGGAGGCGAACGCCGGGACAACUGGCCGGCGUACGGUGGCGCUCGUGGCGGUUCGGCUGGAAUGCCAGCGGGUGGUCGAGAUCGCCCGGUGGACGCUCCACCCCCACAGAACGAUCGCUGGCAGGAUGCCGGAGCAGGCACGGAGGGACCGCCCGGACCGGGCAGCGUUGGCAGUGGUGGCGGAACGGGCCCCGGUGAGGGCGCCAGCGGCAGUGGUGGAGGACGAUCGUUCUACGAUAGCAGAGGAGCGAACGGCGGCGGAGGUCGCUGGCCGAGUGGCCCCGAUCGGCGUGACGGUCGCGGAGGAGGAGGCGGCGGCGGAGGCGGCGGGUUCGGGCGCGGUCAGGUGGACUACACACAGCUCACCGAGCGGGACGAGCGUCUGGAGGCGGAGCUGUUCAAACACGGCAACACCGGUAUCAAUUUCAGCAAGUACGAAGAUAUUCCCGUGGAGGCGACGGGCGACGACGUGCCCGGCCACAUUAAUACCUUUGACGAUAUCGAGCUGACAGAGAUUAUCGACAACAACAUAAAGUUGGCCCGCUACGAUAAGCCGACGCCGGUACAGAAGUACGCUAUCCCGAUCAUUCUGUCCGGGCGUGAUCUGAUGGCCUGCGCGCAGACCGGCUCGGGCAAGACGGCCGCCUUCCUGGUGCCGAUCUUGAACCAGAUGUACAAGCACGGUGCGGCCCCGCCGCCACCGAACCGCCCGAUGAAUCGCCGCAAGCAGUAUCCGCUCGGGUUGGUGCUGGCGCCGACGCGCGAGCUGGCCACGCAGAUCUUCGAGGAGUCAAAGAAGUUCUGCUACCGUUCGCGAAUGCGCCCGGCCGUACUGUACGGCGGCAACAACACGCACGACCAGAUGCGUGAGCUCGACCGCGGCUGCCACCUGAUCGUGGCGACGCCCGGCCGUCUGGAAGACAUGAUUACACGUGGCAAGGUCGGAUUGGAUAAUAUCCGCUUCCUGGUGCUGGACGAGGCCGAUCGGAUGCUGGACAUGGGCUUCGAGCCGCAGAUCCGUCGUAUUGUCGAGGACAGCAAGAUGCCGGUGACGGGCGACCGCCAGACGCUCAUGUUCUCCGCCACUUUCCCGAAGGCGAUCCAGGAGUUGGCGAGCGACUUCCUGUACCGCUACAUUUUCCUUGCCGUCGGCCGUGUUGGCUCGACCUCGGUCAACAUCACGCAGACCAUCUUCUGGGUGGAGGAGAACAUCAAGCGCUCCCAUCUGCUCGACCUGCUGUCGAACAUCACCACCCAGAACGACGGCGACGACGAGAACUGUCUCACGCUGAUCUUCGUCGAGACGAAGAAGGCGGCCGACUCGCUGGAGGAGUUCCUGUACAGCUACAACUACCCGGUCACCAGCAUCCACGGCGACCGGACGCAGGACGAGCGCGAGGAGGCCCUGCGGCUGUUCCGCUGCGGCCGCUGCCCGAUCCUGGUGGCGACGGCCGUCGCAGCCCGUGGUCUGGACAUUCCGAAUGUCAAGCAGGUGAUCAACUUCGACCUGCCGUCCGAGGUGGAGGAGUACGUGCAUCGCAUCGGUCGUACCGGGCGUAUGGGUAACCUCGGAACCGCCACGUCGUUCUUCAACGAGAAGAACCGCAACGUCGCCAACGGGCUGGUGCGCCUGCUGGCCGAGACGGGCCAGGAGAUUCCCGGUUUCCUGGAGGAGAUGACCAACAGCCGCGGCUAUGGCGGUGGCAGUAGACGCGGUGGCGGACGUUACCCGUCACGCGGUGGUGGCGGAUCGACCUUUGGUUCGCGCGAUUACCGUCAGCAGAACAAUACUCGUUCGAGUGCUGGCUCGCGUGACCAUCGUCCUAUGGGUGGCGGUGGAGGAGGUGCCGGUCCUCGUGGCUAUGGAGGCGGCGGUGGUGGUGGUGGUGGCGGCUAUGGCAACGAUCGUGACGAUGGCUACGGACGCAACGGUAUGGGUGGAAACUAUGGCGGAAGCUACAGUAACAACGACGGCGGCAACGGCGUCGACUGGUGGGGUGAUGGACACUGAGGAGUUGCAAGAAGCAGCAAAAGCGGAGGAUGAACGGGCGGCCACCAAGCGGGCGCCCGCUUGUCCUCUCGCCGUACACUACUCCUCCUACCCCUCGUUGAGCUAUAGCAUGGGCAGAGUAGUAGCAGCACGGCACCAACACCAGCCAGCCAGCGGGCGGCCGCAAGCAGCAGCAGUAGCAACAACAGCAGCAGCAACAACAACAACAACAACAUCAGCAUCAGCACAUUAUUAACCCAUACUAAGCUAAUGGUAUACUAAUGGAGUGUGUAGCACGCAGUCAGCAAAGCAGAAUUAUAGGAAGCGAUAAAGAGAGAGAAAGAAUGAGAAAGAGAAAGGUGUGAGAUGUGUGAACGCACUAGAAACACACAAAUUAAAAAAAACAACAUGCAGUCACGAAAAUAUUGUGUGUUCCGGAUGCAAAAGCAUCUCUAAUUUCCAAACGGGAGAA